GGUGGUCCUCACUUCUCAUUGGUCAAUCCCUCGCUCCUCCCCUGAGCUGUGGGCGUGUAUAGAGUGGAACACAGUUCUCGGCCUCACUGCAGAGAACCUCCAGCUCAAAGAUGGACGUGGAACAGAUGGGUCCUCAGACUUUCCUUUACGGCUGUGAGCUGAAACAGGGAAAAGAAGUCACCUUCAACCCGGAAGAUGACGACUUUGAGCAUCAGUUAUCCAUCCGCAUGGUCUGUGUUGACCCAGCAACCAAAGAUGAGCUGAACAUCGUGGAGGUUGAAGGACAGGACUCUGAGGGUCAGAAGGUCAAAGCUGUGCUGGCCACGCUCAAGCCGUCCACUCUGCCCAGCGUCUGUUUAGGGGGCUUUGAGAUCGCUCCUCCUGUUGUUUUCAGGCUGCGGUCUGGUGCCGGUCCAAUCCACAUCAGCGGGCAGCACCUCGUCAUAACAGGAGGUGAUCAGUCUUUUGAUGAAGAGGAGGAGGAAGAUGAGGAAGAGCUGAGGAUGGCUUUGAAGAGGGCAGGUCCAGCAAAUGCAAAAUCCUCAAAAAAGAUGAAGAUGGAUGAAGAGGAGGACGAUGAUGACGAGGACGACGAUGAUGACGAUAUGGAGGAGGAUGAUGACGAGGAGGAUGAUGAGGAAGAGGAGGAAGAGACACCUGUGAAAGUACAGCCAAAGAAGCCCGCAGCUAAACCCCAGACUCCCGCACAGAACGGCAAAGGACCCAAGCCCAACACGCCAGCUGCCAAAAAGGACCAAAAGACACCUGAUGCUGGAAAGAAGAAUAACAACAAACCACAGACACCCAAAACCCCGAAAACUCCACAAGCUCCUCUGUCCAUCCCAGAGAUCAAAGCCAAAAUUUUGGCCUCUGUUGAGAAGGGAGUGUCUCUGCCGAAACUCCAACCCAAGUUCGAGAACCUUGUGAAGAACGGUUACAAAGUGUCUGAUCCAAAGGUGGUUGAAGAGCUGUGGAAGUGGAGACAAACAGUGAAGGAGAAGAACUGAUUGAUUUUACUUAGUUAAAUUAUUUUCUCUCGUUUAAUUUUUAUAAACCCUUCUGAGUUUGUUGAAUCCGUGCCAUUCCUAUAAAAGUGACUUUCUUCAGACUGUGCUCUGAUGUAUACAUUCAGAAUAACUGUUUCCACUUUUUUUUUUUUUUUUCUUCUCCUGCUUAUGUUCAGCCAGUAGCAGGGUUGUCGGAAGAUAUGACUCUGUGCUUUGGGUCAUACACCAUAGUAUACUUUUUUCUUUCUUUUCUUUUUUCCACUUAAUUUUUUUAAACCUUUUGUUCCAGAAGGGUACUGUAUGCGAAUUCUGGCCUGUCCCAGCAUAAGCAGAGAAUUGGUCCUGUUCUCUGUGUGCACAUGUUCUAAUUAAAAGUGCAGCUAAAUUAAGUGGUUUCUGAAUGUUUCAGGGUUGUGUGCAUCUUCAGGUCUGAUGCAAUCUACGCAUGGCCACACUUGCAAAGAAACUGUAAAAUAAUUAGAGUAUAUACGGUGGCUUAUUGCUGGUUUUGACUUCAAUUGUGGAGAAGCAGUUCUGUCCAUGUCUCUACAUACUGAAGAGUAGGAACCUGUUCUGUACUUUUGCAAUGAAGUUAAUUACAGUUUUACUGUACAACAAAUAAACAUUUUUGGAAAAAAAAAA